AUGUUCCAUAAAGGGAGAGCCCAUCCGGAUAUCAAGAAAACUACGCAAAGAUUUAUAGAUCCCAAAAAGGAAAGCCAAAGUCGGCUACGGGCUUUACGAACUCUGUUAGGUGCGAGCGAUCUUUCAUCCUGCAAACUGGUGAAAAUUUCUAAUACUGCUUUAGAUCUGCAUGCAUAGCGUCAUUCAAUUAAUUUGCGUUUGCAAUUUUCCCUCAGAUUACUUUGAUCCGUCUGACUCGAGGAUAUUUUUCAAAAGCCAUUACUCGGAAAUAUUCUACGUAUUUCACGAUGUAUUUUCCAUGGUUGAGACGAACCUCAAGACUAAAGGUCAGUAUUUUUGAAAGAAAUUUCACCAGACUUGUCCUUUUGUGUAGAUAUUGGACACAAUAUUACAGCGGUGUGCCUGAGAGUCCUGCAAUUGGUCAAGAUGAAUGUUUUGGUUAUUAGAGCUCGUAGGUAGAGUCGAGUUGCAAACGACUAAUUAGACUGUCAGUUUUGUGACCGUGUAAAUGUAGAGCGCAAGCUUCUCAUUUUUCUGUUUAUUUUUUUAGGCCACAAAUCGCAAGCGGGAGACCUCGAUUCGGUUCUCUUCAUUUUAGAGGUACGACGGAGGGAUUCUAAACAUAUUUGUCACUAGCUUAAAUUUGUUCAUGAUAACGUUUAUGUAUUUAUGAAUCACAGCAAUGUAAUUCUAGCGAUGCCGAGCUUUCAGAAUGUUUCAUUAAGUUUGUGAUAAACAUAAGCUUGUUUAUGGCUUGCCUGCAACUGAUAUCAAAAUGCUUACAGUCAAGUUCGUUUUCAUGUUGCCUUUGAAGUAAUGGCUUAUUAUUAUUAUUAUUGAACAGAGAAUAUUGCGCUAUCUUCCCGAGUUAAUCCAAAGGCGAUGGCAGUUCAACAGUAUUGGUAAAUAUGCUGAUUUGUUUGACGUUGAUACAAAAUUAAACUUUGAAAUCCAUAACAUUAUAUUUUCAGUAGGUCUCUAAACGCCAAACAAAAAAUUCAAUCAGCCAUAUGUCCAUUUAGUCCGAAAUUCCGCAGUGAUUUAAGUAAUCCUAUUAUAUCUUUUGUUUACAUUUCCUCUAAUUAGUAUAGCUCUAAUUCACUAUUAAGAGUUUUCCUUCUACCCAAGGAGAGGUGAUAAUUUGGUUCUUUUUUUUUUUUGGAAAAAAAUUUGAAUUCAUAUCCUGUCUAAAAAUCUAUAGCUUUACCAUGGUAAGACUUAAACAAAGAGAAUUUCACUGUCUUCUUCCAUUUUAGGCCAUGGAAACUAGAUAAGCCAACAAUUUUCAUGGUAGAAAAUCUCUAUUGAUCAGCUAAAUGUACUUUGCUGGUGUUUAUUACUUGUAUUAAAGCUUGACUCACUCAGAAUCCUGUCAAGCUGUUUAAUAAACACCUCAAAUUGAUUUGGAGAAGCCUACAUUUUUAGCAGCAGUGAUGUUAAAAGUGGACCGAGACUCCAUAUAUCAUUUACAUGUUUGGUAAUGUUGAUAAUCCUACAUAGCUGCUUUGGAAAGACAGGAAGAACCUAUGUUCUUGCCUUGUAUGAAUUAUGAUAAUUCAUUUUCUGGCCUUUAAUUUCCACAUAGCACGUGUAAUGCGAAAGCUUCUUCAUCGUGGAAAUGUCCUAAAGGUGAGAUGUUACUCACAUCUUUUAAAUAUAUUGCUCUUAUUGGAAGGGGAAGUCAUUAGUUUAACUUUCAAUAAAACGUAGGCUGUUACAAGGUUUCUGGGUCUGUGGCAUUCUUUAUCUCAAAAUGAUAUUUGAGCAAUUUAUUUCCAUAUUGGCAUCCUCACCCUGGCCUUUUACUCCUUGAUCCUUCCUCCUCCCUUCCUUCCCCCCUUCCUCUCUCCUUCCUCCCUUCCUUCCUUCCUCUCCCCUUCCUCCCCCCCCCCCUUCCUCUCUCCUUCCUCCCCCCUCCUCCCCUUCUUCCCCCCUCCCCCCUUCCUCCCCCCCCUCCCCCUUCCUCCCCAUCCUCUCUUCUUCCUUCCCUUCCUCUCUCCUUCUGCCCCCUUUCAUCUCUUCUUCCUCCCCCUUCGUCUCUUCUUCCUCCCCUUCCUCUCUCCUUCCUCCCCUUCCUCCCUUCCUCCUUCUUCCUCCCCCCUCCUCCCCCUCCCUUCCUCUCUUCUUCCUCCCCCCUUCCUCCCCUUCUUCCUCCCCUUUCAUCUCUUCUUCCUCCCCCUUCGUCUCUUCUUCCUCCCCUUCCUCUCUCCUUCUUCCUCCCCUUCCUCUCUCCUUCUUCCUCCCCUUCCUCUCUCCUCCUUCCUCCCCCUUCCUCCCCCUUCCUCUCUCCUUCCUCCCCCCUUCCUCCCCCCUUCCUCCCCCUUCCUGCAAGAAUGUUAUGCUGUUGUCAUCUGUAUUUUGGAGUACUUAAGGUGAAAAUCACAUCAGAAUAACCCUUACCAGAACCAGUCUGUCACACUAAGCUGUAUUGCAUUAUGAGAACAGAAAUAAAUAUUAGAGGGUUUUGUGGUUGCUGUGAUGGCCUAACCAUUAGUUUACUGAACCCCAUGUCAAGAGGUCUGGGUUCAAGACCUAGCCAGGUCAUUAUGUUGUAUUCUUGAGUAAGACACUUUACUCUGAUGGCACCUCUUUCUACUGAAGAGUGUAAAUGGGUGGUGGCAAGUUGUCAGGGAAGCCUGAUGAAAUGCUGGGAGGUAACCUUGCAAUGUACUUUUAUCCCAUCAAUGGGGGAGUAGUAAUGGUCCAAGUCGCUUAAUGCUAUGGAAACAGAUAUAUAUAUAUAUAUAUAUAAGUUCAGGUUGGAUGGCUUUCUUAACUCAAGGACAGACUUACCCUUUUAAAGCACUUCUCUCCUGUUUGUCUCAACAGCUACGGCGGGAGGGUGUUCGUCUGUUCAUGCUGUGGUUCCAAACAUUACAGGACAACUCAGAUGAAUUGUGUCAGCUUAUCUAUGCAUGUUUGAUUCCUGGUUUUCCAAAUCCUGUCGAUGGUCUUGACUGGAGCAAGAACAAGCUAUCCAAAGCUUGUGCUGAGGAAAUAUAUCUGUCAAUUGGUGACAUGGCAUCCAGGGAUCUGCUUUCUUCAACUAGCAACAUGCAUUUGUUAUCUGCUGAUGGAGAGAGUGAAGGUCAGUUAAAGAAAUGUAUUAUUGACUUACAGAAUAUAUUCAAAGACUUAUACACUUUUGUAAGGAAGACAUUGUUAAUAAUGGUCAUUUAAUGCUUUUUUAUAAGCCAUACUCCUGUAGAGUUCUUUAAAACCACCAAUUUCGAAGUCCUUGCCUAAGGUUAAGUUGGGUAAAAUUGAUGUCUUAGACCUGCAGAUGUUAUGAAUGAUUUAAUUAUUGCUGAUUCCCUCAUUAAUAGCAAGCGUUCUCCAGUAUACUUUACACAUUGCUGCACAGACCAUAAAUAAAUAUUUUUACAGUAAGCAUAUAGUGGAAUUCCUAUUUAUGGAAGGUACAACAUUUGUAGAAAUCAGCAACCGUUGAUUUAUAUGUAUAUAUAAUAGGAUGAAAGUGUAAGUUCACAGAAACCCAACCCAUAACUCUCUUUCAUCUCUUUCAUCUCUUUCAUCUCUUUCAUCUCUUUCAUCUCUUUCAUCUCUUUCAUCUCUUUCAUCUCUUUCAUCUCUUUCAUCUCUUUCAUCUCUUUCAUCUCUUUCAUCUCUUUCAUCUCUUUCAUCUCUUUCAUUUUAAGACUGGUGCUUCUCAGAUGAGGUAGGACCAGUCCUUCCAGCAAAUCCAAGUGAAAGGAUACUUCCACCAGAGACACUGACAAAGUUCUUCCUGGACAGAGUGUUGGACUGUAUGAGUACACAGGUACAUUUGGAGGACUUUAUUAGUACUGCAUUGAGCAUUACUGUUGCAGUUGAUCUCAGACAUAAGUUUGUCAACUAAUCCUAGAUUGUUCAUGUGUGUUUGUAUUAACUUCAUUAUUUUUUUAUAUUUAGCUUGUCCAGAUUGAGUGGACCGACAGGAGAAGCAGGGAGCAUGCAUUCUAUUUCUUGUUUGAAAACUUCAAAAGAUUCUAUCUGCCACACAUCUUUCAGGACUGGAAUCCUUCAAGAUUGCUCUACCAAUCCAACCCUGGUUAGGAGAUAGUACAUUCACCUUAGUGCUUCUCAUUUUGUUAUGAAAGAGUGCUUUCUACAAUUACCAGCCAAUCAGUUGAUUGAUUGAUUGGAUAAAUAAUUGGAUGAUUAUUACUAGAUUGACAGCUCACCAGUCAGCUGACUGAUUGUUCAACUGCUUUACAGAAGAAGUCAAAACUGAGAUCCAACUUUGCUACCCUCUACCUCUAUCCUCAUUCCAUGGCAUUCAUGUCUAACUUUUAUUUUUUUGUCUUCUGUUUAGCUGCACAAGUUCCUUGCAGUAGACCUAAGAAGAGUGAGUCUAAAAUGUCGAUGACCAGUGCAAGGGACUCAGUUUUACGAUGGUUUGUGGCCUUCACAGUCAGAUUUAAGAGAAGUAACAGCACCUCAGAAUCAUUGUUAGCUGUCAAUCAAUCAGAAGUGUCAUCAACAUCAACAGAGAGUAUUGAGCCAAGCUCCCCUGAUUCAGUCAAAUUCAGUCUAGCACGUAACAGAGAAUACUUACAGGAUGCUAGUGAAGUGAUAAGAAAGGUGUUGUACUCCACCAAGGCAAACAUCAGGCUGCUUCAUGAGGUCUUGCGUCAGGUACAUUAAAUAACUCAAUCACUAACAAAACCAGUUAUAACUGUAGGUGGGUAACACAUACAUUGUAAUCCUUUGAGUGUGACAGGCAUCUAAUUUCUCCUUACAAGAUCUCCCCUGAAUCACAUAUCAAGGUCAGGAGAAUUGAGGAAAUGAUCACAAACUGAAGAGGACCUUGAUUGUUGAACAGUUUCCCCUAAUCAGCUGCUCAAGAGAUGUGUAGAGAACAUUAUGGAGAAUAUGCACACUGAUGUUUGAGUGUAGAGGGUUAAACAAUCUAAUUGAUUUUUGUUCGCUAUUUCUUUAGGCAUUUCGUCUCCCAGCCAAACAUUUAAGCACCAUCAGGCAGGUCCUGCUGGUGUAUCAUGAGUGGCUUAAGGUAAGUUGAUUAAUCAUUUGACCCCUUAAGGUGACCAGCAUCUAAUUUCUUCUAACAUUAUCACCCCUGAAUCAAAUGUUAAGGUUACGAGAAUGUCACCAACUAAAGAAGCUCUAGAUUGUUGAAAAAAUUCUCCUUGUCAGCAGCAUAGUAAACAUAUAGAAAACAGUAUGGAGAAUACAUAUGGUGAUGUUAGGGUGUAAAGGGUUAAUAUUCCACUAUUUUUUAAAUACUGGUAGUUUGCUUUGAAUUUAGGUAUCCUUUCUUUUCCCUCUUUCCUCUAUGUCCAGACAAAUGUUUCCUUAGUGGCAUACACUGUAUGUUAAAUGCUGAGGAACUGUUUCACCUUGAUUAAAGCUUAACAAUUAUGUCUGGCAUGUAACUCAUGACACCCACUCUGCCAGAUUUAGGUUUCUGGUACCCAUCACAGGUUAUUCUUUAGAGCUACAUGAAGUUUUCCUGACAGUGAUAUAAUUCAUUUGCUGAUACACCAUUUUACAAAAUGCUUGGACUAAGCUAAGAGAAGCACUGUGAGAGAGUGUCAUGCCUCACCCAAGAACACAACAAAUUUACCCAGGCUCUUGCAAGCUCAGACUUUUUGGUCCAUACACCCCUGUGAUUAUGCCUUUUGCAUUUCAUUUUUCAGCUAAUACAUCGGUUUUUUUCUGUUUUAGAGUCCUGAAAGACCUAUCUUCAUGCUUGAACCUGAUCAGGGUGUGUUUCCUUCUCUUUCUGUUGAGGAGUCCAAUUACAGUCCACAAAGUCCCAUCAGAACAUUUUCAUAUUCCUAUGCUGUAGAUAAAGAAAGAGAGAGAGCAUUCAGACUUCCUUGUGAAGAUGUAAGAGCUGGUCUUCAGGCAAAUCUAAGGCUUUUUAUUCUACAUGCAGCUGCAGUGUUCCUUGUAGAAGAUGAAAAGGAAUAUUUGGAUAAACAGGUCAGCCAGAUUCUUUUACACAUCUGUGGUAAUUAACUUAAACUGUUCACCAAGCAAAGAUUCAAGAGCUCAGGGUUGAUGGUCAGGCAAACAAAUCUUUAUAGGAGGGUUUGUUUUAGGGGCUUUAUUAUCUAACUAGAUUUUUGUAUAUUUUGGUUCUAGGUUGAUGUUUGCAAACGAGUGGUCCAUCUCUAUCGAAGCAUUGUUCUAGAAGUUCCAAUGGAAUCAACCACUUGGUAUAAAUUUAGUAAAUGAUUUCUUGUACUUGAUUAAGAUUUAUCAGCAGUUUAAGAAUAAAAUGUUCUGCCAAAAUCACAGUCAUUCCACUUCUUACCUUUUUUCUUUUCAAAAUGUUUUUGUUUUCAACAGGGAACAGAUGCUGGAAGCUCUACUUGAAGCUUCAAGACAUCUACUGGUACCUGAUAAAUCCCAGAACAAAGCUAGGGAAAUAGCUAGACAAACAGCUGGGAGUUUACUUCAGGUUUGUUUGCUUGUAAGAGUAUGAAGACACUUGCUAACAAAAAUGUUUAGGAUUUUUUUUAAAUUUAGUUUUUUGAUGUUUAUGAUUCUGAUGAUGAUGGCUGGUUCCUUGGGUUUGAGGAUCAGGGGAAAGGUCAUUCCUGCAUUCCUGUUGACAUGCCCUCUGGUGACUGUGCAAGUCAAUUCUUGAUCUACACACUUUACCACACUUUAAGCAUAGGAAUCCUUGGGUAGAGGGGCUCAAGGAAGAUGAUGCCCUUCUUCUCCUCCAUUUCUUCUCUGUGGCAUCUCUUCUGGCACAUGGCACAUGGCUCUCUAGCUAUCGCUGUCCUUUGUGUCUCUUUCCCACUUUUUUUUAGGAUUCCAGCUGCACUGAGCCAUCACCUCAGCUAGUCUUUGUUAGGCUUUCAUGGGGCUGCUUUGUUACAUUUUCCCUGGCAUAACUAUACUAAGAACACAGCUUUGGGCUUCUGAGUGUUGUCCACAAAAUAUAGUGGAAUAUGGAUACUGAUGUUAGGGUGUUAAGGGUUGAACACUAAAGUAUUAUUUUCCUCAUUUUUCACACUCAACAGACUCUAUUUGUGACAUGGAUUCGAGCAAAUCUUAAAGUGAAUGUUCCUAUUUACUUAUGGGAUAAGUGUUUAGAAGUUAUUUCAUCUGCAACUCACUGGGAGGAGAUAAUUUCUGAAUGGAGCGUAAGUAUUCAAACCACAAAAAUGUUUUAGUAAUGAUUUUGAUCCUGGACCUUUUUGUUUUCAUUUUGAUACUAUGAUUGGUAUGCGACCACUUUGCCCCAUGAUCAUUUUGCCCCCAGUCACUUUGUUCCCACCAAAAGUCAGUUCACUCCAUACAAAAGUUACUUCGCUCCAUGCUAUAAGUCAAGUGUAUAUAUGCUUAUAAGAUUGUAUUUGCCUUACUGAUGUUAUACGACCUUGAUGACAUGUUUAUAAUUGUAUAAUUAAUAGAAAACGCCAGCAGCUACAACCGAAAAACCCAUUAGAUCUAGACUUUGAGUUAGAGGAAAGCCACAUCCCUGACGGUUUCUUCUGCUCAUUCACGACAAUAAUUCACCAAUUUCUUACAUGGAGCGAAGUAACUUUUGUGUGGAGUGAAGUGAUUUCAGUCAUGGAGCAAACUGACUAUUGGUUUGAGCGAAGUGACUGGGGGCGAAAUGACCAUAAUUCCUAUGAUUACUACCUUAUUGUCUCUUUUUUUAACAUUCCAACUCUGGAAUUAAAGGCCAAAUUUGUAAUUUCAUUUAUGUUGCAAGUAAUCAGUAACAUAAGGGCCACCUGAACAAGGUUUAAUCACAUUACAGUGAGCAUGUCGUUUUAAAUCUUCUGAAAACACUAUGCAUUUUUCUUUAGAAUGGACAAUAAAUAUAUAACGCACUGUUUAAGGAUUGGUUUACUUCUUCAGAGUUCACAGGCUACUGAAAAGCAUAAUAACGUCUUCUCGUGGUGUUUAUCUAGGUGACAAUGGAAACUUUAACCAGAGUGAUGGCUAGGACAGUAUAUGGUUUGGACAUGGCAGAUCUUCCUCUGGAAAGACUAACUGAGCAGAAACGUAAAAGACGACCAAACCUACAACAGGAAAGGCUUCAGUUUACCAAGUCGUCUUUCUCAAGAUGGAGUCGAUUGGAAAAAUCCAAUGGUCCUAAGCAAAUUAUGCCCCAAGUUGAUAAAACUAUACAUAGUGAAAAGCAUGAACAAUCCAUGUCACCAAAGACACAAAGGCCUUUCGUAUCAAGUCAAGAAGGUGGCCAAGUUUCUUCAAGUAGCUCUCCUAAACAUCCAGAAGUUAAGGUGUUUCCAACAGCCAACAGUACUUUUUUCCCCUCAAGUACAGCAGAGGAUAAGGUGUCUCCCUUUAGAAAAGUUGCUUCCUCUCCCGUUUUUACUGCAGGUUAGUUUCCAGAAUUAUUUGUGAGUAAUGCUGUCUGUGAACGUGGUGCAUAAUUUGGCAAAUUAGUCAUUUAAAUGGCAAAGAAUGAAAAUUGAUUUAGGAUAGACGGAGCCAUAUAUUCAGAAAUUUCAAUUUCAAGACUCCAUCUUGAGUUUUUCCCCGCAAAAGUUGAAUUUUAAGAUGUUUUGGGCAUUUUUCUGGCCAUUUGUGUGUCAAAAUACAUGGAAACUACUCUACUUGAUACAUUAAGACGAGAGUGAUCAUCGCAAUAAUGAAUACUACUUGAGCAGUAGUAAAAAUAAAGCCUGGGAAAAGGUAUAUUAGCUAUUACUCAGAGCUGGCGCAGGCCUGUUUCAUUCGUAAACAGUCUUUAAAAUAAAUGUUCCUAACUUUUUUUCUGUUUUUGGUAGGUACAGUAGCAAGAAAAGACACUGAAGCUGCGGGCCAGCUUCAGCCUUCAAAAGAUGCCAACAAAGAAAGCAAAGAAAGUUCUACUGAGGAACCCAAAGUGAGCUUCACCCUUGCAAGUGAUACAGAUAGCGUGGAAAGCCUUGAAAUGCCGUCUAGAGCUGAUGAGGACGCUGGUGCUAUGGCUAAUGAAGAUUCUGAAAAUAUGCCAGAUGGAAGAUUUAGACAACGUUUGAAUCGUUUAAGUAGCAGUGACAGUUACUUGUCAAGCCAAGACAACAUGAAAUCCAUGGCCUGGUACGGCAGUAGUCUCGACUUCGACGUGAGUCCAAGUUCCAAGUAUGCACCUGGCUGUGAAUCACCAAAGAUGCUGGGAAAGAUCGAUGAAUCAAGUCUGGAGUCCAAAUUAGAGGACUUGCAACUCAGUCAGCAUCGACCAGUGUACAGGACAUCUACUCCUUCCCGCGAUGCAAGACUGGGUGAAGGUGAGGAAGGUGUCCUGCAGCCUCUGACUACAGUGAAGGAGGAAUUCAACCAUGAUAUCGGGGGCAGGUCCUCUGCAGAAUCAUCUGGAAGAGGUUUGUAUCUUAAAUCAAUCUUCUUUUAAUCCUUAAACUCCCAGAGGUGAUAAACAUGUAACUUCUCCCUGUAAUAUCCAUACAUUACACAGCAAACAGGUAAUGAGAAUACUCAAACUUAUCAGGUAGAAGUUGUUAUCUUGAUCUAACACAAAUUCAUCAUAACUAAUAUACAAGGAAGUGUGUAGCAUAUAGAGAGAAGAAUUAACAAUCAGAUCUUGGAAUAUGAGGGGUUACAUUUUUUUUACUAGGAGAUUUAUGCACCUGAAACGAUAUAAUUGCAGUCAAUGUCAAUUCAUUUCACCGAUCGCGUCUUGAAAUUCUAAAGAGUAACUCUGCGGAAAGUUCGAAUUUUGAACGCUGCCCUUUUAAAAGCACACGGAAAACCAUAACGCGUGCUUCACUGAAAGCAGCUUUUCAGACUGCAUGAAAACAUGAAUAUUUUAGCUAAUUUUCGCCUCUAUCGGUGUUUUUAGCAACUCCUGACAUCCUCGCACCAGGCUCUCGUAGCCCCUCCCCUGAGCCCCACCUGGAAGAGACCCAUGAAGGGCUUCUUGAUGACGACUUCGUUGGAGACGACUCUCACGAGGAAGACACCAGUGUGGUGGCGGGAGGGUACAGAGAAGGUUGGGGUCCUGUGGCAGCAGUUGUCCUGUGGCGCAGAAUGCUGGGAAUUCUGGGCAAUGUGAACAAAAUAAAAGACCCUGCAAUCCAUGCUAAAGUGUUCGAAUGUCUUACAGCUAUCUGGAAUAUGUUGGCAAAGGUAAAUCAAGCUUUCACCUCCCUUUAAUACGACAUUGAAGUUAGGAUAGACCCGCGUUUUUCUUGUGAUCUUUAUCAAUGUUUUACAAUGACAUUAGAAUCUUUUUUAACCUUCCUGUUGAUCGUAAUUUGGGCGCAUAACUGCACAGAAAAAGUGUCAAAAGGCUUUUUUUUUUAAGCGAAUCCAUAUCUUUCUAAACUUAACUUGUUUCGUUAGCAUCAGACAAAUUAAAUUGUUGCGUCAAUUCGCUUGUAUUUGCUGUAGGUCCGAUUGAAUCAGGGCAUUUCACUGGAUAACAAGUCAACUCCACCCAUUCCUGUGUUGCUUCCACCUUUACAGCACAUGGCUACGUGGGUUUUUGAGGUCUGUAUAUUACAUGUAUUUUGUAUUUUAAUUUAUUAAAUAGCAGAGCGGCAGGUUGUUCAGGUUGUUGUUUUUUUUUUUUUUUACGUUGUGUGGUUCCUUGUUUUUUCAAGUCCCUCAUACGAUUUGGAGAUUAACAGAAAUAUAAACAUGUAACGAAAGUGGUAAGUGGUUAAUUUGGGUUGAUUUUUUCUUUUUAGAUCAUGGGCAUUUUUUACUGUAUAUAUGGCUGUAAAAACACAGAAUAAAAAGUGCGCACGUUUAUUUUGGUGAAUGAACCGAGACAGAGGCUUACAAAAGCUGACGUUUCGAUCACUAGCAACCGUCGUAAAAAGAUUGAUUACUAACACAGACUAAUUCUUUGGCCCUAAGAGUGACAAGCAUCUUAUUUCUGCUCACGGUAUCACUCCUCAAUCACGAGAAUAAAGGAAAUUAUUACUACCUAAAGAAGCUCUUGAUUGUUACACAAAUUCUCCUUGUCAGCACUUUAGGAAACGUAUGAAGAACAGCUAUAGGAAUAUGUAUACUGAUGUUCGGGUGUUAAGGAUUAAGGGCCAUCUCUAGAAAUGUCAGCUGACAACGUUCUAUGCGGUUAAUUCGGUGAAUGGUAUCUCGAACAACUUUAGUUUGUUUGAUUGCUAGGGAAAAAUACAAUUUUUGUAACAGAACUCUCCUAUGUAACCCUUUGCAAAUGUGUCUUGUUAUCAACUUGUUCGCUUUUUUCUGUUUUUCAGGCUGCUUCACUGUCCAUUAACAAUGAAUUUAAAAGCGGUCGUCUUCUCGCCUACAAACUAAUGUGCGCCAUGACUGUCAGCCGUCAAGAUAUGCCGCUGUCACAAGAAUACUUAACGCACUUUUACCGACUAAUGCACAUUGGACUCACGGGAACUGAUCAGGUGAGGUUUCACAAGAAGUAAGAUGGAUUUAAAAAUUCUCGCGAACGUCAAAUAAGGGAAAAUCUUAGCGCUCUGUGAGGAUUUAAACUCCAGUUAGGCACCGUUUCAUGGUUAGAUUCACCAACAACUGUGCCUAUGCCGACUCAUCUCUAAAAUUGGCCAUAGAGAGCAAUUUUCAUCAGGGAAUUGCGUUGGGAUUGCUUUAAUACAGUUUGUGAUUGGUCGAGUAUUUUCGCGUUACCGUGUCAACCGAUCAAAUGUAAAACUGAAGCGACUGAGUCACCCGCGUUUUCCCGCUACUUAGGCAGUUUGCUCGCUUUUACUUGAGUUCUCAUUGGUUCCUUGUGAUAUUUUCCUUUGUUUUGAUUGGCGUUUGUGAUUUCUUUGGUUUUGUUUCUACCACAUUCAAUCGAAAAGCGCACUAGUAGGGUCGAAUGACUGGCGUCCUGCAAGAAUGAGCAAUUUCUAAAGCGUCCUUUUGUAAUUAAAAACAAAAUAGAAAGAGGGAAAGUUUUGAGCGCAGUCCAGUCGAACAGGAAGAGAUGCUAAGUACCUGUACAACUUAUGCUUUUCCUUGUGAUUUUCAGAAUGUCACCAGCGCCAUUAUCAGCAGCUGUGCAAAUUUCUUCUCUGUGAUGUUACCAAGCUCCAGUCUUUUGAUUCUUGACUUCAUUCAGGCAACUAAUGGAGUUGUUAAUAGUCAGAACAUGGAGGUAAAUAUAACAAUUCAUCUUAAAUCAGGCUCAGAAAAUGAUCAUCGUCAAGAUUUCCACUAGUGCUGUGCUUUGAUCUUGAAGAGCAGACUAGCAAUGCAGUGUUCAUGUGCAUCAAUAGUAAUCCCAUUUGUGCUUUUCUCAACAGUUACCAAGAGAAGAAGCGGUUACUCUAAUUGGAUCGUUGUUGUGUUUUCCAAACAAUGUUGCUAAUAUGCCCCUACAUCAGCCAGGACAUCAAACGAAUGAGUAUCAGCCAAAAAGUACUUGUAAAGACGUCAAGGUCUGAACACCCUGAAAAGUUUACUUCUAUCGUAACUGCAAUAGAACUGAACCAUUUGACCCCUGAGAGUGAUCAGCAUCUAAUUUCUCCUUACGAUAUCAUCACUGAAUCACACAUUCAGGUCACUAGAAUAAAGGAAAUGAUCACCAACUAUAGAAGCUCUCGAUUACCAGACAAAUUCUCCUUGUCAGCACCUUAGAAAAUGUUAAGAGAACAGUAUGGAGAAUAUGCAUGCCGAUGUUAAGGUAGAAAGGGUUUAAGGUUGAAGUAGAAGUAAAACUGUAAUUUUAUUUCCUUUCGUUUCAGGAUAAACUUAUCAGCUCGUUGUUACGAGCGUCAAAGUUAGAUCCGUCUUGUUCUGCAAGGUAAAGUAAGCAAUUAAUUAUACGUCUGUCUCGGUAACAAAGUUGGUUAAAUCACUGUUGUCUCUAUCCCACUGACGCUGCGAGCUUUUGAUGUUAAUAUUUUAAUUUUUUUCAGAUGUAUCGCGCUUAAUGCCCUUGGUGUCUUCAUAGCUGAGGAGCUUAUUCAUUGCCAAGGACAUCCUAAAGUUCAUGAAUGCCUUUGUGUGCUUUUAGCAUCUAUAACUGUGAGUAUAGAUUAGUCUUUUUUGUACAACUUGUACGUGUGUUCACGUGUAGCGUGUUAGAAAGCAUCCAUUUGUGGCUUACAGAGUUUAUUUAGACGAGUACGACAAGAAAAUCCCGCAAAAAGAAAAGACUAUGGGUCAGUUCCUAUGGGCCGUUGUUAAACUGCAAGUUUUCGCGGUCUACUUAAAUUUUCUUGAAGCCCCUCAACUAUAUUACCAGGCAACUUGUAAAAUUUGCCUGUUGUAAAUUUGUGGACUUCCUAUAGCUUCACCUGCCUUUACUCAUUUUAGCUGCUGUUUUCCGUCUGCCUCAAUCGAAAGUAAAGACGCAACAUUUAUAUCUUCGAUUGUCUCUCCGCUGAGCACUCGCGUGAUGAUCUACCUUACUUUGGUUACAUAUUUACUGCUGGUGGAUAUGUAGAACUGUAGAUUUUUUUUCAAAGUCUUAUUAUCUGACACAGAGGCUUCUUCUUGCUUUUUGUAGUUUCACAACAGAUCCGUUUGUCACGUGGCUUGCGGUGGGAUUCAUCUGCUAUCUGAGUAUUACAAGGAGCUUGUCGCGUUUGAAAAAGAUCUUCCGCUCAAGAUUGUCGAGGUUUGUCUCUUGAAGUAACCAACGCUUCAUGUCAUUGAAACUUUUUUGGAGAAUUUGCGCUCAAUAACUCAUUGACGUCAAGUGUGACUAGCAUCUAAUUUCUCCUUACAUUAUCACCGCUGAAUCAAACAUGAAGGUCAGAAGAAUAAAGGAAAUGAUUACCAAGUAAAGAAGCUCUUGAUUUUAAACAAAUUCUCCUCAGCACCUCAGGAAAUGUAUGAAGAACAGUAUGGAGAAUAUGCAUACUGAUAUUAGCGGGUUAACAGCGCUUCUGUUCCAAGGCUUUCACAAAUGGUUCACUGUUUAAAAUUCUGACCUGCUGGUUUUAUUUUGAUGUUUUCAUUUUAUUUGCGGUGGUUUAUUUCUUGGUAUCUCUUAAAUGUAUGCUAACCCUGCAGGUUCUGUGUCACGCCAUUGUAAAUCUUCUCCCUGGGGGAGAGUCGGCACAAAUUCAGGAACAACAUAAGGUAAGAACAAAUAUCCGCAACAUUACUACACCAAGUUUGAGGUAAAUAUGAGCCCUCUUACUCGUAUACUGACCUUAUCUAUUGGUGGCAUUGACAUCUAUGGUUUGUUUUUGUAUCUUGUAGGUUUUAGCGUCAGUUCUUAUGUGCCUGUUGGAUUGGCUCAUGGUGAUACCAGUCUCAAAGCUGUUGUCUAAAACAAAUGAGGAUGAAAAUGUCACUUUACUUGCAAGAGUAUUCCAGGUAUGAAGUUUUAUCUCUACUCAUGUAAUCUUUUCCUACCAGAUGCACAAUUGUUCACCUUAUCAGAAAGAAUACUAUGUCCUCCUUUAUGCUAGCAGCGCAAAACAGCAACAUCUUUCCUUUCUUUAAGGAGAGAAGUAACUGAUUUGCGCGUUUCGUUUUGCGAGUGUUUGCUUUAAUUUGCUGAUUUUUCCCUGAACGUUGGUUUUGAAGUUGACGCGGUCAUUUUGCCACUAAAUUGAAAAGCUUUCUUAUGUGGUUUACUUGUAGGUGUUAAAGAUGGCCGCAGCGAACAAGGGACCAAAGAAACGAACCAAGCAACUGAACAUAUCUACCAUCAUCAGUGGCGACGGCAGACCGAUCAGAUUAGCCCGUAUACAGGAGGAGAACAGAUCAUCCAGCGCUGGGCCGAGCAGCCCGGUGGAUAGUCUGACAGACAUCGGUGGUGACGUACAGGAAGAUGGUUGGUCGCUUAAAAAUGGUUUAUUCUCUACGUUAAAUUAUCAAGACCAGCAGCUUUCAAUCGAAUGUCGAAAGUCUUGCGGGAUUGCAUCGGUUUCGAUUUUCUAUACCCAUUGUUUGUCUAGAAAACCCCUGCCACCUUCUCAGUUAAUGGGGUGCAGAACACCAGUCGCGACUUGCAACUGGACCAUUUCGCUCGUCAGGCCAGUAACGAGUGUGCACUUUGAGCUCCCAUUGGCUCUUUAUGAUUUUACUGCUGGUUGGUCGUUUUGAACACUAAGGUUUUAUUUUCGCGGUAUUUCAUUAAAAAGGACUCUAUGCCUCCCCUCCCCUCUUCCAGCCCUUCUUUCCUACUUUUCCUUUUCCAAUUAUUUCACAGCUGUUGUUAUUUUUUUAGAUCCCGGCGGUCAAGAUAUGUUUGACUUUCCUCCCAAGUCGGAUUCUGUGGAGCUUACAGCCAAAGCAGUAAGUAACAUUCGUAUUUGUGAACUGUGGCGCGGUAUUUUAAAGUGGUCUGUGUUCUGCUCUUCUUUAUCGCAAGAAAGUGUGGGCUGCAAGUGUAGAGCGACUGAUUGUCGACAGGAGGAAAGUCAUUUACAUGAUUUAUAUGAUUUAGAUAGGAUCAGCAACAUGGAAAGUUUACUCUCGGUCGUUUAAGUACGAAAAUAGGUGCUACCACUGACACAGCGUUCGUUUUUGACGAUAAAUUUUCGUUUUAAAUUCUAAGUCUUUAAAAAAGAGUUAGUGCACAUGCUCUUCCCUAAAUCAUGCCGUUUGCUCAGUUUUUGGUGCUUUUAUGUCAUGACACCCAACCCUUUAACAUCAGUAUCCACAUUCUCGUUACUCGCCUCUUUACAUUUCCUUUGGCACUGAUAAGGAGAAUUCGUAUAACAAUCAAGAGCUUCUUUAGUUGGUGAUCAUUUUCAUUAUUUUGUGAUUCAGGGGUGAUAUUGUUAUGAGAAAUUAGAUGCUAGUCAGUCUUUUUGCGUUUAUCAAGGUGUUGAUGCAUAUAGUAAACCAUAUAGGACAUUAUCCACUCGGUGCCGGCCCAUCUAGAGUGGACAGUUUAAUCAGCGAACACGAAGAUAAUCCUAAUGUAGACACCGAUGAGCUGUCAGCCAGUAUAUUCAACGCUCCUAAUGUACAGGUUAGCUUUUUGUAAGCUUUUUACCAGCAUCUAUAUCAAAAUUUUCAUCGUUAUGCUUUUUUUGUUCGUCAGUGUUUUUCACCCUCUGGUUGUUUUAUUUUCCAUGUUUGAAAGCGUAAACGGACAUUUUUACCCACCUCAACAUUUUCCAACAGGUUUUUGUUUUAAUUUUCAACUAAUACCAUACAUAUAAGGGUUGUGAGCAGCAGCGUUAGAUUACCUCGCUCAAGAUUUUGGUGCUUGAUCGAGUUGAUAGCACGCUGAAGAUUAGUUCAUUUGCGCUUUCGGACAGGAAACGUUUCCUCUACCUGUAAAUGUAAUAUAUAUUUUUCUUCGUUUGUUUCAGUUUUUGGUGCUCAAUGACAGCGUUUUGAUAUCUUUGGUGGAGCUUCCUCUUGAGGUAGGAUUUAACUCCAGAAAUGAGAAUUUCACGCAGGCGCAUUUCUAAUCCUAUGACGUGGCUUUUUAUUUCAUUUCACAAGGAUUCAGUCGCUCAGGAAGUUCCCGCGAGCACCGCAGCCACUCAAGUUCGUGUGAUCACGCGUGACAUGACAGGGAAAAACGUUUGGGACUACACUUUGUUACACGGAUCUUUACAAGGGGAAAAUGAAGAUUACCAGGCUAGCGGUAAGCCAUUGGAAUUGCCUUACAGUGUUUUAUGCCCUUACCAUCCCUGCCAAUCAGCUCUUGUAUAUAUUUUUCCUUUUAGCUAAAACACCCGACCUAAGUGAUGAUAUUCCAACGCAAGAAGAUGGAAGCCGGGAAGGAUCCGACGUUUCAUAUCAUCCGCUUUCUAAAUUCAAGAAGUGUUCGACUCCUGUUGCUGAAGAUAGACUUGAUGAUGUAAGUGUUCAUGUUCAUAUUUGGUUUUGGUUUACUUCGCGAUGUGAUUGGUCCAGAAAACUCGCGUCACUCUUUCAACCAAUUAGAUGCAAAACUAAAACCAAUCACGAUUCGGUCACCCGCGUUUUCCCGCGCUUAAGGCAAUUUGGUUGAUUUUACUUUGAGUUCUCGUUGGCUCUAAAGGUAUCUUCCUUUCUUCUGAUCAGCCGUUUUACGACUGCUGUAAAUGAUUUCCACGCUUUGGUGUCACUUCUCACUCGCCAUUUCCCAACAGAAAUUUGUACUUCCGCCUUACGUUGUGCUUUUACACUUACUCGUUAAAACGAUUUGUUUCUAAUUUUCAGUUGUUAUGUGGUAUCGGGGUGUCCAGCCGUGAGUGUUUGUUGUACCCAGACCACGCUCUAAAUGAGCCCGGUCCGUGCCCGGAGAACGUAUUAAGUGAUAUGGAGUAUGACGUCAUAGACUCUGUGCUUGAACAGGACGCCAGUGUGAAGAAACGAGUUGAGAACGACAUGGAUGAUCCAAGGUUUAAUUUCUUUGCUUUUUUAGAGUAGAUUCUCUUUUUCCAAAAUUCUUUAAGUGAAGCCGUUAGUUACUGUGGUUUACCAAUGAAAUUCUAAAGUGAAAUCUCUAAAGCAGGGAAAGUUCGUAUUCAGUUGAGGCACAGGAAUAUUGGAAAUAGAGGGGAACAAGAGAAAGGCGCGAAAAGUGUUGCUGUUUGAAAUGAGCGAGAAACCAGUGUUUUGUUGGGAAAUUAUGUCCGUCUUAAAGACUUGAAGACCAAUAUUUUAGUGGGAGAAUUUUCACAGAUGCACUAAGCGCAAAACAGUGAUUGGCGCACGAUAAUAUUUCAUUGUAAGAAGCAAGAAAUAGGUGUUGAUAUUUCCUUGUUAACCUACGUCACGUAUCUUUUGUCUCUCAUCUUUCUAUAAGUCUUUCGUCUCUGGCAUCCAGUCCUCCUCCAUAUGGAAUUCCCGUGUCUCCAUUCCAGUUGAGCCGGUUUGUGGUCAGUCAAAACGGUAUGAUGACUUCCGAAAAAAGGUGAGAGAGACCUCAAGCUGCUUGAGUUCUAUAGUACGAGGAGUCUCUAACUCUCCCGUGAUUGAUUUCGUUUCGCAGAACGAAGAUUGAUCUCCUGAAAAAGACUGACCGUUUCUUGCGUGAGUUGAAGAACUUGGAUAACAGACGGUGGUAAGCUCAGUGUUGUAGAUCUAAAACAAGUGCUGUAGAUCGCAAGGCUAUUAACAAGGCUUUUCAAUCGCUCAAGUCGGAGAAAAAUGAAAACGCAGGAAGUUAGAUUGCCGGAAGGUGACAAAGGUAGAAAAAGGACAAGCGCGGGAAAAAGUUGAAUGGUAGAAGGGUGCGAAGGCAUUAAUUCCAGAUUGCUGCUAAAGGAAUUAGUUUGUCUACAAAGGAAACUAGUAUUUUUUUUUUUCCAAACUGGUUUCCUCAUAAUAAGUGUCGCUGAUUUGUUUUAUCGACAGUCGUGAGACGCAUAAAAUAGCAUUGGUGUACGUGGCGCACGGUCAAGAGGAUAAGACGUCUAUAAUGUCCAACUGUGUGGGAAGUGUGGAGUUUGAGCACUUUGUAGCCGGUCUGGCCUGGGAGGUGAGAUAUAUUUCACAAAUUUUACUCAUAAAUUUGCAUCACUCCAAAAAAGGAACCAAUUCAAGAGAGUCAGCCAGGUAUGCGUCAUUCUUCAACCAUUGGUAUUUAGGGUCAGAUGAAUUAUCCUCGAAAAUUAAGCAGCAAACUUUUGAGCUUCACCCCAAAAAAUAAAGGUUUCAUCAUGCUCAAUUUAACAAUUCAAAAUAUUAGCUUUUAAGAAACCCUCAACCAAUCUCUCCCCCCUCCCAAUUCCUAUCACUGACAGAUAAAAGUUGCGAAGAGUAAAAGGCUUACCGAAGUUCAACACACAACAUCUUAUAAGUGCAAAUGUUAUUAAAGUGCAGGCAAAAAAAGAGAAGGCUUACUGUUGACAGUAUUCAGGUUACAGAAUUAACCUCAUAUUAAACUGUAACAUCAAGGGAAUUUUGAAGAAGUUUUCAUUAUUAUGCCUACAUUAUUUUCGGUGCCCUGACUAAAGCAUUAUGCCCCGGUAUAUUUUAUUUGACCACAUUGGUGUAGCACAUACAGUUAAGGCUUGUGUGACCUACCACAAUGCUUGCAUGAUUAAACACUUCCCACAAGUGACUUUUGUUUUAUAUGGUCUAGGUUGACUUGUCUAAGCACACGGGAUUUUUGGGUGGAUUGGAGAAGAAUCUUUCGACUGGCACAACAGCACCCUACUACUGCAACUCAACUACCGAAGUCAUGUUCCAUGUGUCUACUAGAAUGCCACUGGCGACUGAUAACACUGGAUUUAACCGAAAGGUCAGACGACAAUUUUAUUAUCAGUUUACAUGAGUAUAUGAAUAUAGCUUUUCUCGGAUACCAAGUUUGUGGAAGUUAACAAGAUUGAUUGCACUUUUCUGUAAUGGUAAGUUAGGCGUCCGUGCACGAUGUUUAUCGCGUUGAACUCACUCUUUCGCGAGAGGCAAUGAUUUGGGUCACUUUUGUAAGUCUCUACCCAGGGUAAACUUUUGGAGAAACAUGUUUGAAAUCAGAUAAUUUUAUCAGUUGGAAGGUGUUAUAUUAGCACCUUCUCUUUACCAAUUUCGAGGGAAUUGUACCGCAACUAGAAAGGAGAUUUGGGUAUCAGAUCAUAUUCUUUUCAGAAUUUAGCAAUCAUCGAUGGUUAUUUGUGGCGAGUUUAACUAAUUGCUUCAAAGUUUUGGAAAAUGUUUGGAAUUUCGUUCACGUUGCCUUCGUUUUCUUGUUUGUUUUAGGUUCGCCAUAUUGGAAAUGACGAGGUUCAUAUCGUUUGGUCAGAACAUUACCGUGAUUACAGACAUGGCAUCGUCAAUACUGACUUUGCGCAUGUCAUGAUUGUCAUCUAUCCAUUGAGGAACCAUUUGUUCAGAAUACAAAUCAUCAAGAAACCCAAGGUUAGAGAGAAAAUAUUUACGAUGUCGGGGUUUCUGUUAUCGUGAUAUGAAUUGCAGCCGUGAGACAGGGUGUGGUUUCUUGCUUCUUUCUGUUUCCCUUCAUUAACAGAAUUACCGCUUUAUGUCGUCUUUAGAGCCUCGAUUUAACACCUAGGUUUAGACCACAGACUGAAGGUCUCGGUUUUGACCACUAUUAAGCGUCUUAAAAUGUUUAGAAGUUGAAUCUAAAACUAAUUAUAGAUUAGGUUUAGAUGUUUGUAGAUAAGGAAAUUUUCUCGUAAAUAGCUCUUUAAAAUCGGGAAUGAGUUGAUAGGAUCAAGUAUUCUGUGUAAAACUCGGGUUAAUGUUUCUCUUGGCACUCUAUUUUUUAAGGUACCUAUGUUUGGACCGUUGUUCGACGGUGCUUUGGUGGACAGGAAAGUUUUACCAACCCUUGUGAGAGCGACCGCUAUCAACGCCAGCCGAGCGACUAGAGAACUUUUGCCUGUUUAUGAGAGAUAGUAUCCUUUUUUAUCAGGAAAUUGUGUCUGUUUUGUUAAAAGAAUACCGACCCAAAGAGGUUCCAAUUUUUCAGCGUAGCAGUCGUCAGAUGGGUAUGUCAGGCAAGAUCAACCUUGUCACACGUCGAGUUGUGCGAUGAGGCCAGACAACGACUGUGGGGAAGACUGGGCUUGAGUGUAGUACUAUUUGUUUUGGUAUGCAGUGUUUGGUGGAGUGUCCUAGUGUCAAAAGAUUUCUAAAUUCAUGUUUCUCAGUAUAAAGCUUCUCUUUUGGAUCUAAUUAAAGAAGUUAAAAUUGUUCUUUCUUUUUCCACGUCUUUCUUUUUCCUUGAUUGUUGAUCUCAGCUUUGAAGAGCGAGCAGCAUGCAUUGAGCGAAUAGUUAAAAAUCACAAAGAACCCACAACUUACGAGGACUUUGCAUCUCUGGUGUUCUGUCCCGUCCCGAAACCCCCGGGAAGUGAGCCCCCCACUCCUACUUUAUCAGCGGGUGAACGACAUCUAAUCUUGCGCACGGAGACGGCACCUACUACGAGCAGUUUAUCCGACAGCGAGAAGACAUCCUUGCGAAAUCGAUCCAAAAGUGUUGUGACCUCUCCAAGAUUGUUCAACAACAAAUUAGGUGAGUUUUUCUUUCAUUUAUUCAAUUUUUUUUUCAUUUUGUCAUGCAUAUAUUUUUGUUUUAAUCGUUUUUAUUUUAGAGAUUUAUCAGAGCGUAUUUAAUUUUGAAUGGUCCAAUAUAUAGCCAGGGUGCGUGUCUGGAGUCUGGGUUCAAAGCCCGGUCGAGCCAUCGUUUCACGUCCCUGGGGAAGAUACGUCACUCUUAAAGUGCCUCUCUCCCCUCCGAUACUACCAGAAAUCCCUGAUUAAAUCCUCCCUUUGCUUGGGGGGGGGGAAGAGAUAUGCGAUGACCCAAAGGUAUAUAUGUCUCUAAUUUGUUUGAAAAGGGAGGUCAUAGUUCAGUUUUAGAAUUCGUCAUCCUCUUGAGGACAGUGUUGAAGUAGUGUAGUAAAAUGUGGUGGGGAAAGUCUUUGUGUUGGGAAUGGGUAGGGUGACGUGGGGUGAACAUGGGUAAAACUUUACAUCGCGUUAGGAGAGGGGGUUGGGUAGGAGGUGGGUUGAAUACGGCGAUUGUGUAUCAAUAGACUGAUCUUAGUGUCUAUAGGGCAGUUGUAACUUGGCCAGGAAUAUUUGAUGGAAUUUUGGUGUUGACAGUAGAGUUCUUUGUUUGCUUUUUUCCGCAGUCGUGGAAGAGGAAUUCGCAUCGUUAACUUCGUCUCUCCCAGACGGUCUUGAUAACGUGACAGGUGGCCAGGCAGGUACUGACGGAACGAAUCCUCGGCAAGACAGAAAGAGACUAUCACUGCGAUGGAGAAAUAAACUGGCAAGUCAAGGUGCCACUGGAAACGCAGCUGAUAGCGAGUAAACUUGGUCAAAGAAAACGUAUUUUAUUGGACUGUAAUUUUGUGAUUUAAUUCUGGGAAAGUUAAUUAAGAAAUUUAAGAUAAGUUUCAUGAGGUUUCUGUGUUGGUACUCACUCAAAAAUGGCCACUAUUCAUCCGCCGUCAGUUAAAUUGGGUGUUAGAAACUAGACCGAAGAACAUUAAUUUUGAACUGUUCCAAGCAGCCUGUUUGUGGGGACAAGUGAGAAUCUGGGGCGAACGAAAGAAAUAUUGAAUGGGAACUUCUUCCCAGACCACUGACGAUUUUCGCUUGCUCGCUUUUCGUUCGUCUCUCCUGACCGAGACCCUGGAAUUGGUUAAAUGUUGUUGAGAUAUGGAGAUAAAAAGAAAUUACAUUAGGCCACGAAAAAGGCAAGAACGACUCACAGACUUGCGUACAUGAGAUCAUGCACUAUAUUCGCAUCUAGGUGUCCCUUUUUUUCAUUGUAACUGAACCCUCUCUGAGAGACAGAAUCCCAAGUGCAAUUCCAAAUUUUUCAUGUUUCUCCCUCGUACAAAUUAUGCCGAAGGGUACUUUCAAUAUGGUUAGUCAUUGUAUAAUAAUGAAUUUGAAUGUGUGAUUGCCUGCACCGCAAAACACUCAAGUUUCAAUUAAGCCAGCACAACGUCAGUAUCUUAGCAACUGCUCACCUACCCCUCCCCUAACCCAGCACUUACCCAAAAUUUGAAUCAGUUGACUGUUGUUGUAAUAGGGGAGGGGUUCGUGCGUAGUCGCGCAGAUGCUGACAUUGAUCCCGUUUUUCUCGUAAUUUUCUUAGCAAUCAUUAUUUGGUAAUUUUUUGGAAUAAUAUGUGUAAGAUUAUUUUUUAAACUUUCGUGUAUUAAGAGAAACCUGGAGACUGCUUUGUAAUAA